UUAGGGGAACGAACAAUGACAUAAACAUAAAAACUCCGAGGUAGGUCCGCGCGGAUUUCUCGGACCGGCGCUGGACCCCCAUCUUUGGCGCGCGGAGCGCGCCAGGGGCGGUGCCGGAGGCGCCGCCAGGGGAGUCCAGCGCCGAUCCGAGAAGUCCACUCGGACCUCCGAGUUUUGAUCUUUAUGUCAUUGUUCGUUCCCCUUCACUCCUGCCGUGCGCCCCUCUGCUUCCCUGCGGGGUCGGCGGGCAUCUUGCUGACCGCGUACACGAUGCUGAGCCUCAUCACGGGGUCCAUCAGCGAGGCCCUCAUCACGCAGCAGCGGCAGCAGGAGAAGAACAAGCUGCAGGAGGAGGAGGCGCAGAGCGACGCCCUGGCGGAGCAGGUCCGGAGCAUCCUGAGGAUGAUCGACACCGACAACACCGGGGGGGUCACCAGCAAGGAGGUCCGAGAGGCCCUGGGGGACACGUCCAACAGGAUUGCGGCCCGUCUGCAAGCGGCGAACAUCACCAUGAACUCGAAAGACUUGGUGG